ACCACCCGCCUCCAACUCAUGUCUCGACACCGCACCUAAGAAGACCUGCACAGUUCAUCACCUCACCUCACCUCAGGACUGCAUUACAUUAAUACCAUUCAAUGCCACAAACACUCGAGCUGUCUUCGCCCCUCCUAUCCAUCCACAUCAGCAAUGGCCAAAACUCCUUCUCGCCCGGCCACACGAUCGCCGGAAAUGUAGUACGCACCAGCCCCAUCCUGACCACAAAGACCACCGUCAAGAUCACCAUUCAUGGCCGCGCGAAAUCUCAUAUGGUCGUCCACCGGGUCAACAGCAGCAGCACUUACCGGGGGCGCUUCCGACUCAUCGACCACGUCCGCCACGCGCAAACGCUCUAUGAAGGACCGGUGCACAUCCCGCCAACAGGUGGUCGUGAAGAGUGGCCGUUCCUGAUCCGCCUCCCAACUCACGUGGACGACGAAGUCGCAUGCCAAAAUCAGGACACAUUCAUCCCACAAAGCAACUCGGCGAGACGCACACAUGUCCUCCCACCGACUUACAACGCCACUACUAUCAAUGAUAAGGACAGCUUUGUCGAGUACUACCUCAAGGCCACUUUCAGGGGCUUCGCGCAGGGCCGUUGGCAAAUUGAUGAUGCUAUCCUGCCCGUCAGGCUGUGCGCGCGAAGCGAGGGACCCCCUCUUGCCGACUGGGGCCUCACGCGCUACACCACCCGGCGAUCUGUAACAACCCAGAAACUAGUACCUGGCAUGGAGGACACGCUUCUGUCGACAUCGCAGAGACUGCGAAAGUUCUUCCACACAUCCUCGGUACCUGCGCUGUGGUUCCGCGCAGAGGUUGACGCACCGACACGAAUACAACUGGAGAACCCCAAAACUGUGCCGUUUCGCAUACGGGUUGUGCCCGAAUGGGACAAGACAAGUGAAAUCUUGCAAAACGUGCCGCAAAACAUCAGGCUCCUUCGAGCGACGCUGAAAAUCAAGCAAUUCUGCGAGAUCAAGUGCGAGGGCACGCUCAAGACGUAUGAGGAUAGUUUCUUUGACAAGAUCUCCAUGGUCCUGAAUGACCCCGGAUCAGCGAAACUAAGAGAAGUUCCCUUUGGUGAGGAACUAUCCAGCCUGGAUCUAGGCCAGCUCGCCAAUCUUAAAGUCGGGUUCAAUGGUCCCAUGGGACGCCCCAGGAUCAGCACCAGCAUCAGCCCCAGCUUCAUGACAUACAACCUCAAGGUAAGACAUUCAUUGGGGUGGACUAUCGCACUUGAAAUUGGCGGCGAAGAGUGCGAGAUUCGGAAUAGCAGAGACUUUCCUCUCGUAGUUCUACCGCCGAGCGCAAGCAGGUACGAUGUAGAACCAGAUGGGUCUCCGCCGCGGAGCGACUCGUGGAUUCAGCCCCCGACAGGAGAGGCGCCACCACCCUCGUUCGACGAGGUGGUCAAGCAAGACCAGAAAGAGGUCAGGGAGAGCUUAACGCGACUCGAGAAUCACGGCGAGGCGUCUGGAACAGGACCGUCUGCACGUUGAGUAUGGCCAUUUGACCGCACUGCUGUCCCUAUAAUUUCGAAAUACUUCUGUAUUUUUGAAGCGGAAAACACCUGAUAAUUAGAAUCCCUAUACUCGAGUAAUUGAUCUUGACCAAAAUAAUAGCGUGUCUUCUUGACAUGGUCUCAAGCAUCGGCAUGACUUAGCUGAUCGCCUUUGUUUACUCAGCUACCGAUAUAAUUACUUAGCCAUAAGUAGCCAGAAUUACCCACCAAUGCUAG